CUCCAGCCAUCAUCCCCGAGCCCCUCACCAGCGACAAUGCCCUCUGUGUGCCCAACAGCCCCAUGCCGCCCAGGGACUUCAGCCUGGUCGUGGCAGCGGUGGAGCGCAGCCCCUUCCUACGGCACCUGGGUGAGGGCUGUCCUGAGGUGCUGGCCCAGAGCUUUACCCCUGUCUGGCACAGCCCUGGGGACACGGUGCUGGCCGAGGGCGCCGAGGGCACCGCCAUGUACAUCGUGGCAGAAGGGCAGCUCAGUGUUAGCCAGCAUGGCUGCCCGCUCCGCACUCUGGGGCCAGGGGACGUGUUUGGGGAGCUGGCCCUUCUGUACCACUGCAGGCGCACGGCCACCGUGCAGGCGCUCAGCCCUGUGCGCCUCUGGGCCAUUGACCGGCAGCGGUACCGUGCCAUUGCCACCAGCAACGCCAAGCAGCGCCGGGCUGAGAUCCUGGGCUCUCUGCGGAUGGUACCCUGGCUGCGGGGUGUCUCCGACAGCCACCUCCGCACGCUGCUGGACGCCAUGGAGGAGUGCACCUUCACACCCGGCCACAUCAUUAUCCAUGAGGGAGACGAGGGGGAAAACUUCUACAUCAUCCUGAAGGGAGAGGUGCGGGUGAGCCGGCGUGUGGCUGGGCAAGAGAAGCUGACCCGUGUCCUGGGCCCCGGCGAGCACUUUGGGGAACUCGCCUUGCUGCAGAGCAGCCCCCGGACAGCCUCGUGCCAAGCCCAGGGACAUGUCACCUGCGUCACCCUGGCCAAGGAAGACUUCCUGGAGCUCAGCCCCCUCUGCCUCCUGCAGCUGACUGCAGCUGAGACAGAAAUGCUGGGCCUGGAGGAUCCUGGGAGGAGCUGUGGGUCCCCGAGCCUGCGGCAGUCCCCAUUGCCAGCACGGCUGGAGGACCUGGAGGCUGUGCGCUACAAGGAGGGGCCGUGGCAGGGCCAGCACGUUGUCCUGGGCACUGGCGGCUUUGGCAGGGUUGAGCUGGUGCGGUGCCAGGAGCAUCUCUUUGCACUGAAGCGGAUCCGCAAGGACUGGGUGGUGCGAACACGGCAGCAGGAGCACGUGCGCACAGAGCGGCGGGUGCUGGCCUCCUGCCGCAGCCCCUUCAUCGUCGGGUUUUUUGGCACAUUCCGGGAUGCACAGUACGUCUACCUGCUGCUGGAGUUCUGCCAGGGUGGCGAGCUGUGGACCAAGCUGCGCGAGGUGCGCUGCUUUGAGGAGCCACUAGCUGUGUUCUGCUGCGCUUGUGUGGUUGAGGGCCUCGAGUACCUGCAUGGCCAUGGCAUUGUCUACCGUGACCUGAAGCCUGAGAACCUCAUGCUGGACCAGCGUGGCUACGUGAAGCUGGUUGACUUUGGCUUUGCCAAGGAGCUGCAGCGGGGGGAAAAGAGCUUCUCCUUCUGUGGGACCCAUGAGUAUCUGGCGCCCGAGAUGCUGCGCCAGGAGGGCCACGACUUCGCCGUUGACUUCUGGAUGCUGGGUGUCCUUACCUUCGAGCUGCUGGUGGGCAGGCCCCCGUUCCACAGCGCAGACCCCCGGCAGACCUACAGCCGCAUCCUGGAUGGCAUCUUCUCCUUCCCGGCCUUCCUCAGUGAGGCUGCCUGUUCCAUCAUUGGCAAGCUUUGCAGGCGCCGCCCGGGUCAGCGCCUGGGGAACACAGCCAGUGGCAUCCGUGGCAUCAAGAAGCACAGGUGGUUCGGGGCCCUGAGGUGGCGGAAGCUCUCGCUGCGGCAGCUGGAGGCGCCCACCCUGCGGCUCAUCCGGGAAGGACCCCCCUAUGUCAACUUCAAGCGCUUCUCAGUUGACUGGACGCCAGCAGAGGAUGAAUUCUCGGGUUGGGAUGAGGAUUUCUGAUAGCAGCAAGACCCAUGGGCCCAUGGUGGGACCCCCAGUACGGGCCAAUAAACAGUGGGGGCACAGGAAGGAGCCGGAGCCAUGGCUACAAAA